GAAAACGGCCGCGGUGGCCCGAGGGUGGAGGCCCCGACCCCCCUGAUGGUGGCGGUGACCACAGACUUCGCGGAGACGGCACGGGCUUCAAGAGCGCCGUGGGGCAGAUCGUCAAGGUGCUGCAGGGCGUGGAGCAGAAGUUCCGCGCGCACUGCCACAAGAAGAACCACGUGCACGAG